AUGACUCAUAUGCUCUGGUCUCUGACUUGCUUGCAGUUCAGGUACAGAAAAUCACACUGGUUGUCUGCCGUCUUCAUAAACCUCACUUCAUCACAAUCUUCCCACCAGCUCUUGUCAUCUCCUCAAUUUCAGAAUAAAGAACUGGACACUGUUAUUGCUCAGCCUGAAAUAGGCUCUACCGCUCCACUACAAGUCACAUCUGCAGCUCUGAACAGGAAAAUGGAGGAAAGGGACUCCAGUGGGGAAGGUCUGAGUAUGGAGCCAACCACACCAACCUUGAUUCCAGAAAUUACAGAAACAUCUAAUGACAACCACAAGGAAACUUGUAGCAUGGAAAUGACAAUGCUCCGAUGCUUGGAAGUCAUCAUUGAUGUGGUUGGACUGGUAGGGAAUGCAACUGUGAUCUGGCUCCUGUGCUUCUGCAUUCAUAGAAAUGCCAUCUCAGUCUACAUUCUAAACCUGGCUGUGGCUGACUUCCUCUACAUCUGCUUUCAAUUUAUAUAUACUCUGGAUGAAUUCACCAGUUAUUUGUUUGAUAUGAGAUACCGGUAUCGCCGUCCAAGACAUGCACCAUCCUUCCUCUGUGUGCUGGUCUGGGCACUAUCGAUGCUAUUUCCUGUUUUGGUAAUUUAUUACUGUCAAGAUUACUAUGGAGAUUCUUAUUGUCUGCUAAGUGGACAUUUUACUGCUGGAUACUUGCUGUUUUUAUUUGUAGUUCUCUCAGGAUCCAGCCUGGCUCUGGCUGCAAGGAUGUUCUGUGGUUCUGGACGGAUGUCACUGACCAGGUUGUAUGUGACCGUCCUGCUCACAGUGCUGGUCUUCAUCUUCUGUGGGCUUCCCUAUGGCAUCUACUUCUUCCUGAUAUAUGAGAUUUCUAUUGAUGUCCACAAUUUCGUUUGUUACUUUCAAAGGCUUUUAAAUUUACUAUCCUCUGUUAAUAGCUGUGCCAACCCCAUUAUUUACUUCUUUGUUGGCUCCUUAAGGCAGAGGCACAGGCAAAAGCUUAAGCGAGUUAUGCUGAGAGCUCUGCAGGACACUCCCGAAGACAAUGAAUGUAUAGGCAGCCUUUCUCAGGGGACCCUGGAGAUGUCAGCAAGCAGAGUGGAGCAUUGA